GGGGAAUAACUUUUAUGUCAAAACUUAAGAAUACUUAUUUGUACAUAUCAUAUGCUUUCACCUUUAUUAGUUUUACCGUUUACUUGUACAGGAAACAAUUCAAUUUACUUUUGAUGUACGAAGAAAAGAAAGAUAUACGAUUUAAGUAUUACUUUAUAGUCGUUACAUAUUACGGGAAAUUGCAAUAACAUAAACAAAGUUUUCAAGUAUUACUUCAAAAUGUCCGAUAUAAGGCAAAGUUUUAAAUAUAGCAGAACACAGACUGAUAAUGAGGAACAUUGGACAGAUACUAUAACAUGGUCUCUCAAAACCUUUCGCGAACUAUUGGCAACAAAGGAGAAUAUGUUUUUUUAUUCUGAGGAAUCCGAGGUCCAGAAUUCGAAACAACCGGAGACAAGAUUGCGAUUAAAAAUAAAGUGGUGUAGCCGCACCGAUGAUAUUAAAAUAUAUUACUCUUCACCAGCACCUGUGGUCCUCAACUAUAGAGUGUGCUUGGAUUCUCAACAGGGACAAGUCCUUGUGACGCAGAGUAGUUACAGGAUACUAGCGAACAUGUGGCACUAUAUGACCACAAUAAUGUGUGAUUACAGAACGAUCUGUAUACGCGCAGGGCGUAAAGAGGCGUGCUGUUAUGAUUUCAAGAUUCUAUUUGAGUUCAAUGUGUUUUCCAAAGAUUACCAAACCAACCAUUUAGAUAAGUUGAGCGAUGAUUUUGAGCAGCUAUUUUUGAACAAAUUAUUUUCUGAUGUAAUGAUGAAGUCUGCGGAAGGCACUGAGUUUGAAGUUCACAAGAAUAUAUUAGCGUGUCGGAGCCCAGUUCUUAAAGCCCACUUUGCACAUGACACUACUGAGAGUUACACUAAUAUAGUGGAGUCCCCGUUCGAGGCAGAUGUGUUACAGGAGGUGCUAACAUUUAUAUACAGCAACAAAGUCCCGAAGGCUGGUGAGAUACCAGACAAGCUGUUGGAAGCUGCUGAUUAUUACCAACUUGAUGGACUGAAAAGUUUGUGUACACAAAAAUUAUAUGAAAAGCUUACUGCGGAGAAUGCUAUAGAUACACUACAACUAGCCGAUAGACAUCAUGCUGAUUCAUUGAAGCAGUUAACAUUGCUGUUCAUUAAGGAUAGGGCAGGGCAAAUUAUAAAAAAAUCUGAAGGAUGGGAUAAAGUUGAAUCCGUUACAUUGUUGAAAUAUAUCUGCGAAUGGUUCAUGCAAAAUGAUGAUUCAGAUGCUGGGGCAAUAGAUGAAUAAGAAGCAUUUCUGUAAAACUAAUUAUAAGAUACCCAAAAGCCAAUUUCAUACAAGAAUACCUGUACCUCUUACAAUAUUUUCUGCAUGAUAAUAAUUAAAAGGAGUAAAAUAAAUGUUUUGUAAUUUACACAUACAAGUCUGAAUAGACUAGUCCAGUAUGACAAGAAGCACUAUCAAGAAUCUACAAGUACAGAAGCAGAAGUACUCUGCAGGUCUAUAUUGACUCGAUAAAUAAUAAUGUAUUAGCUACGUUAUAAUAGGUUAACAUAAAUGCUGUCCUAAACAGAUGAUUAUUUUAAUUAAAUUUAACUUACUUUA